UGACUUCCCCUAUUUACAGAAGCGGAAACUGAGACGCAGAGAUUAAGUGACAGAGCCAGUAAGCAUCUGAGGCAGAAUUCAAAAUGGAAAGAGGGUAAAGUGGCUUUGAAUCCAGGAUCUUUGAAAGCAAAUUCAGCUAUCUAUACUGUAUUCCAAUGUACUGGAGCGGGGAAGGUGUAGAGAGAAUUCCCAAACUUGUUUUUCUCAUCUCAGGAUCCAGUCUCUUCAUCUGCCGAACCUCCCGUGGGUUAAUAAUUAUUGGGGAUCCCAUUACAGCUGCGUAUGGGCCCCUUCCCAGCCUCAGCUGCCCUUGACCUGUCUAGGCUUUGGGAGGGGUCUCGCUUCCCAACCAAACAGAGCCCCGGGCUGGGCCCCGCCUCCUCCCUGUGUUACUUUCCCGGGACGUAUAAAGUCGAGACCCCGGUGGGGCUCCUCCCCGAGGAAAGAGCCUCUGCCCACCUCCAGGACCAGCGGGCGCCGCGGCUGCUGCCGCCCCUCCUCUUCGAUUCCCUUCAGCAGCACCAUCGCCUUCCCCUACUCGGUGCCUUAGCCUCGUACCCACAAUGUUACUGUGGCACAACCAGCCAGAACAUCUGUGGCCCAGCCCAGGGGAGCUCUACCCCUGUCCCACUAGCAACCUGCUCAGGGAGUCCCUGCCACUACCUUACCUGAAGCAGGAGGACCCUACCACCAUGUCUAUCUCAGAUAUGCAUUGUCCAGUCUUCCAAUACAUCCUCUGUGCUGUCACCUCUCCUGCUGUCAAGCAACAUGAGGAAACACUCACCUACCUGAACCAGGGGCAAUCUUAUGAGGUACGGAUGCUCUGUAACCCCAAACUAGGGGAUGCUUCCCAAUGGCCCCGCCUGCUGAAGAGCGUGGUACGUGUGGUCUUCCACGACCGCCGCCUGCAGUACAUGGAACAGCAGCAGCUGGAGGGUUGGCGCUGGAGCCGCCCAGGGGACAGGAUACUGGAUAUUGAUAUGCCCCUAUCAGUGGGGGUUGUGGAUCCCCAGGUACUGCCCUCACGCCUCAACACAGUGGAGUUUCUUUGGGAUCCUGCAAAAAGGACAUCUCUCUUCUUGCAGGUAAAUUGCAUCAGUACAGAGUUCACCCCUCGAAAAAAUGGUGGAGAGAAGGGUGUCCCCUUCCGCAUCCAGAUUGACACCUUCAAGCCAGGUGACAAGGGGAUACCUAUAGAACAUUUGCACUCGGCCAGCUGCCUCAUAAAAGUCUUCAAGCCUAAAGGGGCUGAUCGGAAACAGAAAACUGACAGAGAGAAGAUUGAGAAGCAGUCACCACAGGAGAGAGAAAAGUACCAGCCAGCCUAUGAGACUACUGUCUUCAUAGAGUGUUCACCAUGGCCUGAAACUUCUACUGGUCUUCAUGCUUCUCCCAGCCCUCCGGGCCUGACUUCUCCCCACUCUUUCAAGUUCCUGGCUCCUGAGAGGAUCUGUUCCUCCCCACCCUUCUCUCUGGACAACUCAGUGGACAGUGCUGGUGAGGCUCUCAACCCCGGGGCUUCUAUUUCAGAGACUCAGCAGUGGUUACAUCGCCAUCGCUUCUCUGGCUACAGUAGGUUGCUGGCCAACUUCACAGGUGAAGAUUUGCUAAAACUCUCCCGCCAGGACCUUAUCCAGAUUUGUGGAGCUGCUGAUGGGAUCCGUCUCUCCAAUACCCUCAAAGCCAGGCCCAUCCGUCCCAGGCUUACCUUGUACGUGUCUCCUGAGGCCCUGAAGCCAGGAAGUGAGAGCCCACAGAGUCCAGACUCAGGGUCUUACCAGCAGGUAUAUCUGGAUGAACUCAGCACUGCUGAAUUGACUGGAAAACUGGCUGACCUCCUGUCUCUCCCAGCCAAUCAAAUCCAUCGGCUCUUUCGCCAAGGCCCUACUGGCAUCCACGUACUCAUCAGUGACCUGGUAGUCCAAAAUUUGGUGGAUGAAUCCUACUUUGUAGCUGUGGCAAAGAAAGUUCGGAAUCCAGAUGGCUACCACUUGUUUCUGAGUUAGAACCCAAUAGAGUAUCCAGUCAAGACCAGAAGAAACAAAGCAAACAAGCUGAAUCACUGCUAGGCCCUAAUUGUGGCCAGAAAUCAGUUUAAAACUUCCAAAUACUUGAGACUGGUGCAUGUAUCAAGCAGCUGUCCCACGCUUCUGCUUUUCCUUUCC